AAUAUUGCAAGAUGGAGUUUUAAAGAGAGACUUGUAACUGUGGGUUGUACCAGACAUGUACAAAAUUAUUUCACUUUUGACGUUGAUAGCUGCGUCGUCAGCCCAGUACCUGCCCAAUGGCUGUCCGUCAGACUUCAAAGUACACAUCCUGCUGCCACAUGAGUCAGACUGUUCAAAAUACUACAUUUGUAGUAAUGGCAAAAAAAUUGAAAUGAGCUGUGAACCCGGCACACUAUUUGACAUUAAUAUGCAACUCUGCAACUGGGCGGAUGAAAUUGAUUGUCCUCAUCCACCAUCAAGUUCAUCGUCAACAACACCACAGAAGCUCAAACACGUCUUGCCCAAUGGAUGUCCUUCAGACUUCACCAUACAUUACUUGCUUCCCCACGAGACGGACUGUGACAAGUUCUACAGUUGCAGCAGGGGACGGAAAAUUUUGAUGCCUUGCACCUCUGGAAUGUGUUUCGAUUACACUAUUCAGCGAUGCGGCAACCCGUUCUUGGUCAAUUGUACUUCGGGGUCCACUACAUCGGUUUUAGCCCCAAUACCAAUAGCAGAUGAUCUACCAUCUGUAGAAUUGUUGCCCAAUGGUUGUCCUGUGAACUUCUCCUACAAUUAUCGAAUUCCACACGAAUCGGACUGUAAACUGCAUUACCACUGCCAGUUUGGAGAGAAAAUUGAAAUGCAAUGUGACUAUGGACUAUUGUAUGAUUAUAGACACAUGGCAUGUGUGUAUCCAGAAUUCGCAAAAUGUUAUUCAGGAGAAGUAACGACUUCAUCAAAUUUAGCAUUAGUACCACCAGCAGACGAGCACACAACUGGCUGUCCAGCAGACGUAGCGGCCGAUCUCUUAUUGGACCAUGAGUCGGAUUGUGCCAAGUUCUAUAUUUGUAACCACGGGAACAAAGUUGAAAUGGAUUGCCCGAACGGCUUGUGGUUCGACUUUGUAUUGCAGUACUGCAGUUGGCCGUUCAUGGUAAACUGUAAGGCAAUCAGAACAACAACAACUACUACAACGACAACGACAACUCCAGCACCAACAACGGUUACCGACAGGCCUACAACCACUGAGGGAAUGACUAAAACCACACAGGUAUUUGACUCGAUCGUAUAA